AUGGGGCAAAACUAUGCCCCAGAAAUGAUGGUGCCUAUGCAGGCGCCACCAUACCCAAUAUUUGCCCCAGGCAUGUGGGGGUAUAAUCCCCACAUGCAGCAAGAGCCGGUGAGACUGCCCAUUGCAGCCUCAAAUGACUCAAUACUAGGCAACCUUCUUAAGCAAGCCAACAGCCAGCAUAGGGCACCAGUGGUCCCUAUGUCUGUUUCGAAUGUGGAGGCACAUAACCACACUGCGAGACCUCCUGUCCCAACAAGGGUAAGGGUUCCUCUUGCUGGCCUCAUGGAUGGCCAUUAUGGUCACCAUGCGGCUCCCAUUCCUCCCCCAGGGCCUCAAGGGCCCUCAUCUUCUUUUGGUGCCAUGAUGGCACCUCCUCCUCCCCAACCCAGUGAGGUGCCUAACUUAGUCCCAGAGGGGUAUUCAUGGUUCGCUGAGGCGAAUCGCUCUCCUGCUGCUGGGACCUGGAGAAAUGUCCCUAUCCCAGGCACAUUUUCCAGGGUGACUUCCGCUUUGGUGUCACUAUCAGUGGCCAAAACUGGCCUGUGUCGGACAGUCAUAACCGCUGCCAAAAGCGGUGGAAUGACUGGGUUCACCCGUUCUUGA